AUGGCAGCCAUGCGGAGCUCGCAAGCUUCCCUGUUGACCCAAACAACGAGACGAUCCCUACCCAGAGCAUCACGCACCUUCUCCUCCACGGCCUUGAGGAGCAGCUACGACGACACAGUCCACAAUCUCCGGAUAGGAAAGCACACGCGUGUCAUCUACCAAGGUUUCACGGGGCGCGUAGCGACCGGAAAUGCCAAGGACAGCAUUGCGUAUGGAACCAAUGUCGUUGGAGGAGUCACUCCCGGCAAAGAAGGAGAACACAUUGGUCUUCCUCUUUUACCGGAUCUGAAGAAAGCCAAAGAGCAGCUCAAGCCGGAUGCCACUGCUGUCUUCGUCGCUGCGCAGCAAUGUGGAAAGGCGAUUGAGGAUGCCAUUGAGGCAGAGAUUCCGUUGAUUGUGGCUGUUGCGGAGCAUAUUCCUGUGCAUGAUAUUAUGAGGGUGCGUACCUAGACCUUCAAAAUGCUUCACAAUAAAUUCAUGGAGAGCGAGCUACUGACAAGCUUUGUGAAAGAUCUCGAGUAUCCUCAAGACCCAGUCAAAGUCUAGAUUAGUAGGGGCCAACGCACCCGGGAUCAUUGCACCCAUUGGCUUCUGCCGAAUCGGUUUCCAACCUCUACCCACCUUCUCUCCAGGGCACAUCGGAAUUGCUGCCAAGUCGGGCACCCUCUCCUACGAAGCAGUAGCAUCAGUCACCCGUGCUGGGCUAGGACAGAGUCUCUGCAUUGGCAUGGGAGGCGACAUCAUUGCAGGCACCAACCUCGUAGACUCACUCAAGGUCUUCGAAGCAGACCCAGAAACAGAGGGCAUCGUCCUGAUCGGCGAAGUCGGAGGCAGAGCCGAGGAAGACGCUGCACAAUGGAUCAAAGACUACCACAAGCGCGAGAAGAACCUCAAGCCAAUUGCCGCUCUUGUAGGCGGCAAGAACGCUAAGCCAGGACGAAUCAUGGGUCACGCAGGUGCUUGGGCGGCUCGCGGCGAGAACGAUUCGAAUCAGAAGUACAGCAUUCUCCAAGAAGCUGGAGCUACCAUGGUCGACCACCCUGAGAAGUUUGGUGGUGUCAUGAAGACAUUGCUCCAACAGUCUGGGAGGGAUGUCAACAAGAUCCAGGCGAACGUCCAGCAAAAGAGAGGAUAUCAUACAUGGAGGAGAAGUCCUGCCAUGGCGAGAGCCACACAGCGUCCUAGACUGAAUGCAGGUCUUGCUCAGCAACAGCAACAGCAACAAAAGAGGAGCCUCUUCAUUGCUCCUGAACUCAUUCCGGUCCCACUUUAUCCAUACCUGAGCAAGAUUCAAGGCGUUUCCCUCUCCCUGGACCAAGCACCGAAUGAUGGCUACUACCUCGGAAUCCUCGUCGACCGCACGGAACGCUGCCCAGCCAUUGUCGUAGCCCCAACCGCCGACGAAACCGCCAUCGACGCCCACGUCAAGCGUUUUCCCUACGACUGGGCCAAAGGUCCCACAGACGCCCAGAUCAACGAAGCAAUGGAAUACCUCCAGAUGGGCUCCGCCCCUCAAAACGCCAAGCAACAAGUCCACGAACUCAUCGACUCCUUCGCAAAAAUGUACAAGGAAAAGGAAGCCAUCAUCCUCACGGGCUGCGUGAGUAUCGGCGGUUCCGGCAAUUUGAAAAUCCAUCAACCGAGCAUCACGCUCAUGUUUGAUGAUUCCGCGUACCGCAGCAGCAAGCGCCAGGAAGACGUCCACCGUCUCCGCCAGAAAGACCAGGAAGACCCCGCCGAGCUCGAAGCGGAGCAGGACGGUAUCGUGUACGUCCGUCUCCCGGAUGAACAGGCCAACAUCGGCACUCUGGUCAACGGCGCCGGUCUCGCCAUGAACACCGUCGACGCCCUGCGUCUGCACGGCGGCCGAUCCACCAAUUUCCUCGACACCGGCGGCAAAGCGACCUCGGAAACCGUCAAGAAAUCCUUCGAAGUCAUCCUGCAAGAUCCCCGCGUCAAAGUCAUCUUCGUCAACAUCUUCGGCGGUCUGACGGACGGCGGCAUGAUUGCGAAUGGAAUUCUGUUGGCGUUUAAAGAGGUGGAUAUGAAGAAUGUUCCCGUGGUGGUGAGGAUACGGGGUACGAAUGAGGAAGUGGGACAGAAGACGAUUGCGGAGAGUGGGCUGGGCUUGGAUGCGUUUGACAAGUUUGAGGAUGCUGCUGCUAAGGUUAUUGAGAUUGCGAAUCGUCGGUAG